GUUUUCUCUUAAAAUUAAGGUCGUUCUUACAAGAAAAGUCCACCUGCUCCAGCUGAAAAAGGCAAGCCUACUUUGGAUUCAAGAUUUUUCCAUUUACACAUAAAUCUGUAUUGAUGUACAGAUAGCGCCGCUUUUGGGUUAUUGAUAUAUUCUGCGGAACAGAAGGUGCCACUUUUUUUUUUUUCUUUUUUUCCGAUAAGCGAAUACUGGCAGUAUAGAUAGAUUGAGAGAUCAAAAUGAUGAUGGGGGGUCGUAGAGACGGCCCUUUGAUGAGAAGCAAUGAAAAAGGGCGGCGGUCAAGAAUUGCAGCGGCUAUAGCAAUUGGGGUGGUGUUUGGAUGCGUCUUUGCCUUGUUGUACCCUCACGGCCUCUUUGUCUCCACUCCACUCCACUCCAUCGCCUCUAAAUCCUAUUUGCAGUUCAACUUGUCUUCAUGCGAGUCAUCUGAACGCAUCAGCAUGUUGAAGUCAGAAUAUGUUGCAGCUUAUAAGAAAAAUGCCGAGUUGAAAAAGCAGAUCCAAGAAUUGACUGGAAAGCUGUGGUUAGCUGAGCAAGGAAAAGACAAUGCACAGAAACAGGUGUUGGUGUUGGGAGAACAGCAAAAGACUGGUCCUUUUGGCACUGUUAAGAGUUCAAGAACAAAUCCUACUGUCGUCCCAGACGUAUCUGCGAACCCAAGAUUGGCUAAGAUACUGGAAAAAGUUGCUGUUAACCGAGAACUUAUUGUUGCACUUGCAAAUUCAAACGUCAAGAAUAUGUUGGAAGUUUGGUUUAGCAGCAUAAAGAGAGUUGGAAUACCCAAUUAUUUAGUUGUUGCCCUGGAUGAAGAAAUUGCCAACUUGUGCAGGCACAAUAAUGUUCCUGUUUAUGAGAGAGAUCCAGAUAAUGGGAUUGACCUAGUUGGGAGGACAGGAGGAAAUCAUGCUGUCUCAGGGUUGAAGUUCCAGAUAUUGAGAGAGUUUUUGCAGCUAGGUUAUAGUGUUCUUCUCUCGGACGUUGAUAUAGUUUAUUUGCAAAAUCCCUUUGAACAUUUUCACCGAGACUCGGAUGUGGAAUCCAUGACCGACGGUCACGAUAACAGGACGGCUUAUGGUUAUGAUGAUGUAUUUGAUGAACCUUCGAUGGGUUGGGCUCGUUAUGCUCAUACAAUGAGGAUAUGGGUUUAUAAUUCUGGUUUCUUCUACAUAAGGCCAACAAUCCCUUCAAUAGAGCUCUUGGAUCGCGUUUCCGAUCGGCUUUCCCGGGGGAAAGCUUGGGACCAAGCAGUCUUUAACGAGGAGCUUUUUUUCCCUUCGCAUCCUGGGUAUGAUGGGCUUCACGCCUCAAGAAGAACUCUGGAUUUUUAUCUCUUUAUGAACAGCAAGGUCCUCUUCAAGAAAGUAAGAAAAGAUGCUCAUUUGAGCAAGUUUAAACCAGUAAUUAUUCAUAUAAAUUAUCACCCUGAUAAGCUGUCAAGAAUGAAAGCAGUUGUGGAGUAUUACGUCAAUGGAAAACAAGAUGCUUUAAAGUCCUUCCCUGAUGGUUCAGAUUGGUAAUUCUUAUUUUGGUCACUAGAAACACUGCAAAACUUCCGAAGUUGCUGGAUACACAGGUCAAUUUGGCCCAUUGUAACAUUCUGAUUUUGCCUACUUAAAGAGUUAUAUCAGAAGAAUUUGUUGGUUUACCAAAGACGUACUGGAAUCUGUAGCACUACCUCCAUCUAUUUUUGACCUAUUCUCCUCAACGGCUAUUGUUAUUGCCUGGAAUUUGAGAAUGGACUGCAAGAUAUAUGGCGAAGCUUAUCGUGAACAAUUUAUUUCGCUGCUGUGUUGCUGAACUGUGUUGCUUAUGCUAAAGGAUUACUACUUGCUCUACACAGAAGAUUUGUGUGGGUGUGGGUGUGUGUGUGUGUGUGUAUUUAUAUGUUUGGAGUAGUUGGAGUUCCUUUGUACCUACUAGAGCUUCCGACAUUUCUCUGGAUAGUGAAAUGUUGGGUGAAAGCUCAACGUUCAUCCUCUCUUUGACAAUAAAUUUCAAACGAUUCAAUUCAAUUCAAAUCAUUUUCCAUUU